UAAAGUCAAAAAGUUAAACCUAUUUCUAAUAGGCUUUUAUAAAGUCAAAAAGUUGCUCAUCUUUUAUAGGGGCGAACACUGGGAAUGGGCCAAAUCUACCGGAUUCGUGCUCUCGGGCUUAAAGCGACUCUCUUCCAUCCAACGGCUGCAUUUGGUGUCUCUUGCUUCCUCUCCCUACAGUCGAUGCUUUGCUCCGUGGUUGAUGUCUUGCGGGGUGAGGCUACCUACGUUUUUACUUUCUGUUAUUUGUUGUUGUUAUUUUGUUUUUAGCUUUACUUUCAGUAUGUCUAUUCCUAGUUUCUAUGUUGUUCUGUCAAAAACUCGAAAAUGGUAAAUAUACUUUAACAUUUUUACCAAAAAAAAAAAAAACAAAAACUGAGUGCCAAUUCAUUAUAUAAAGGCAUACGUAAAAAACAUUAAUCAAGUGUUAGAUAACAAGUUGAACAAGUUAUAAACUUAUGUAUGUCUUAUGUCUAUUUAUUAUGUGUAUAUGGUGCACGAAGAUGCAGGCCAACGCAGAUUCAUACCAUCCAUUUUUCUCUUGUAUGAGCUAUAUAUAAUUUAAUUCAAUUCAAAGAAGCAAUAAUAAUAGCUGCAGAAGCAUUAAUGAGGAUGUGUUUCAAAGAGAAACCUAAAGAAAGAUCCUAAGAACACAACUAGCAAAGUAGCAAGGGUGAGUACGUACGUAACCUAUGGGGGAAUGUAUCCAAGCUUCCAUAACAUGCACUUUGACUGGCCCAAACUUAUUUAUAUGAUAACACAUAUUUUAUAUUCGUUCCACUUCAAGCAUCUGACAUAAAAUUUGAUUUCAGUAUACAUUUAUCCAUGACGAUCCAGCUAAAUUGAUAUUAAAACUGGAAAAUGAUAUAAGCAAAUCACGUCACAUGCAGAAUAUGUGAUAUGUAGGAGGAUAUGAGCUAAGUUUAUAUCGAUCAACCAUUUUAUUUUUGUAUUCAUCUUAGAUUCUAGAGCAGUCUCAUUAAUUCAUUUUAUUGCAAUGCAUUAGGGGGACAAUAUAUGGAUCAAACUUAACCUUUUCUUUUGAUCAACUAUCAAUCAAACUUAACCUAUUAUGCGAACUAUGUAACUUAACAAAAUUUCAUCACAUGAAAAAUGUACGAUAUAUAUCGAUAAUUCGAGAGAAUCAGAAUCAAGAUUACAUUUUCCCCAUAUAUAAAAGAGAGAUGUUUUUGGUUAAAAAAAAAGAUGUUUUUGGUUUCUUGUUUCUUAUAAAAUAACAGGAGAUGAGAUGUUCGCACAUGGGAGCGUGGACACAUACGUAAAUUACAAAAACCAGUGCUUUGGUACGCCGCAUGCAUUACAUUAUUUCCAUUUUCACUUAUACUGGAAAAUAUAUUAAAUCGUUUUGCCUUUGCUGAUAUAUAAGAUAAUAAUGUUUACUAGAAAAGUAUGUUUUAAUUAUAAAAACCAGAUAUAUAAACUAAAAAAAUACGUUUGUCUAGUUGCACUUCCUCCCUUUUCCAGCUACGCAUCUGGUGGGUCUUACUAUUUCUUUCUGUUAAUUAAUUAAAACACUCAUACUUCCGUGCAAUGAAAGUAUAAAAUAGUAGUUUUUAUUAGUGUUUCAAAAUAUUAAUUUAGUUAGAUGAUUUGAAAGCUUUGACCCUAGAGCGGCGGUUACAGCCACGCCUUUGUUUGUACGACCACCAACUAACUUUGGAGCAUAUACUAUAUGUUUAAACUUAGGCUCUGAAUGGUGACUGCGGGUUGAGCGGUGCGGGUUGAGCGGUGCGGGACAAACGGUUCAACUGCGGUGCGGUUUUAACAGUUAUAAAAAUGUAUAGAUAUAUAGUAUAUGUAGAGAUUUUUGUUACUGUUAACUGCGGGACGGGGCGGAACGAUUGUCACCAUUCGAAGUCUUAAUUUAUUGAAGUUCAUAAACUUGUAUCUAAUAUUUGCUAUGUUUUGCUUAAUACUAUGCCCGGUUACAAGCAGUUGUUAAUUGUGCAAGCGUUUAAACUUGACAUCAUAUCCUAUAAACCAUAGACUUUGCGGUCAUCCAUAAACUAGAUCAGGGACAUAGUUUCACAUUGUGAUAGAGAAAUAGUUUCUACGUUAUGUCAUAUAACUAGAUGAUAGAUCAUAUCUUUUUGGCUUCGGUUGCUUAAAAUAAAGUUUUAUCAUACACCACUGUACUACUAACAUGUUUUUCAAUGUGAAGACUUUACUAUAUAUAUGAUGUAUAUAAAGAGAGAGAUGACUCUUCAUAUCUCUAAAGUCUAAAUUAUAAGGUGGUGUUUUAACUUUAAAGUCUUUUCAUAGACUGGUCUUUUUUCCAACACUCUUUUGUCAUCAGCAUAUACUCUUAUUCGGAAUAAGAGUGUUGAUCAUGUUAAUUAUUCAUACUCUUAUUCCAUAUACCAUAUACCAUAUAGUCGUCUACUGGCCAUUUCUCUUUAAACGUGACACUUCACCAUAUUGAUAUAUUUGAAUACUAAGUAUGAAUAAUUAACAUGAUCAAUUCUCUUUCUCUCUAAUGACUGUCAGUUUAUCAAUAUUCCCAAUAUAUUAUAAUAUUUGAAACCUUGGAUUUUUAUACAAACCGAUCAACCAUUAAAUUUCACAUGUCGAAUCCAUCAUAUAUUGUAGACAUCAACACAUCCAAUGUAUCAAGAAGAAAAAAACAUACAAGAUCUUUAAUGUUCCUCCUCCAAGAAUCGUAUCUAAUCUUUCUUGCAGCAAAAUAAUUAAAACUAAUCUCCAGAAUAAUUAAUCUAUCCAUAAUCCAUCACACACACACACCACUACUAGUAGUCAUGUCUCAUCAGAAAGCAAGAAGUCAAAAGUAAGAACCAACGUGGCAAUCUCGUAAUUAAAUAGAAAAUCUGAGGGCAUUGUGUCAAUCUCUUUACUAUAUAAACCCUGUCCUGUCCUGUCCGAAAACUCAAAUCCAUCUGCUUCAAUUUUCUCUUCCUUUCUUAUACUUUCUCAUCGAACUCGCAAACCGGAAUAAAAAUGGCUGGAGGUAUCGCAAAAUGCAGCAAGAUCCGACACAUUGUGAAGCUGAGACAGAUGCUCCGGCAAUGGAGGAACAAGGCGCGAAUGUCGUCUGCCAGACGCUGCGUACCGUCGGAUGUGCCGUCAGGAUACGUGGCGGUCUACGUUGGAAGCAGUCGCAGGAGAUUCGUGGUGCGCGCAACGCAUCUUAACCACCCGGUCCUCAAGAAUCUCUUGGUCAAGGCCGAAGAGGAGUUCGGUUUUGCGAACCACGGUCCGUUGGUUAUUCCAUGCGAAGAAUCGGUUUUCGAGGAAUCGAUCCGGUUAAUUAACCGGUCAUGUCGGUUCAACUGUACCGAUGACUUAAAGAAAACCCGCCACGGUGGCAGUAGGAGCAAGCUGGAUCUUUUGAUCGAAUCUCGGCCGUUGCUUCACGGUGUCUCGGAUAAGGCUAACAUCUGGUGAACGGGUAAUGUGAUUCGGGUCCAUGGUGACGGACACGCAGGAGAUGGCCGUGGAAAGGUGGAUGAGUCGUCGUUCCACCUGUGUCGUCCCGGGUUCGAAUCCGAGUUUAAGAGAAAAUUGCGGUCUAGUUUUGGUAUUGGCUUGUAAACCUGAUUAAGCAAUUUCGAUUUCAUUUAUUUAUUCAUUUGUGAUUUAAUUUUGGUAUUGGCUGUACAAUAUAUACAGCAAUUUCCAUUUAUAUUGAUUUGUUCAUUGUUCAAAC